AUGUGUUUUGGAAGGAAACCCGUCGACCCCAAGUCCAAGAAAAAUGAGGAUAUCGAGAAGAACCUCCGCCUGGACAGGAAGAAGGCGGAGCGCGAGGUGAAGCUCCUGCUGCUCGGUGCCGGUGAAUCUGGAAAGUCGACAGUGCUGAAGCAGAUGCGCAUCAUCAACGCUGGUGGAUUUGGAAAGCACGAGCGCCAGACAUGGCGUGCGACCAUCUUCAACAACUUGGUGUCUGCGUUUCAGACCAUCUACGCGGCGAUGCAAGAGGACGACACAGACUUCGAAGAUGAGGAGUGUAUUCGUUACUCUGAGAUGGUCAACUCUGCACCAGAUAUUGGCACCGAAGAGCCCAUGCCUGAGGACUUCCUGCAUGCCUUCAACGCCCUGUGGGCCGACAAGGGCGUGCAGUUGACCAUUCUGAAGGGCAACCAAUAUGCGCUGCACGACAACCUGAGCUACUUCUUCCAAGACAUCGACCGCCUAUUCAUGAAAGACUUCCUCCCUACAGACCAGGAUAUCCUGCGCACACGACUACGAACAACCGGUAUCUCCGAGACGAUCUUCGAGCUGGGCAACCUCACAUAUAAGAUGGUCGAUGUUGGUGGUCAACGAUCAGAGCGAAAGAAGUGGAUACACGUGUUUGAUAACGUACAAGUCGUGCUCUUCCUGGUGGCCAUCAGUGGUUAUGAUCAUGUUCUGGUGGAAGACAGGAAUGGGAACCAAAUGCACGAGGCACUGAUGCUCUUCGAGUCGAUAUCGAAUUCGAAAUACUUCGAGAAGUCAGCUCUUAUCCUCUUCCUUAACAAGAUCGAUCUAUUUCGCGAGAAGAUUGCGGGUGGUAUGAGUCCGAUCAACAAAGUCUUCCCAGAUUACACCGGAGGCCCCAAUGAUAUAGAGGCAGGCCAGGAGUUCUUCGCCAACAAGUUCCGCAACCUGGUACGGCAGCCGAAGAAGGAGGUCUACGUUCACUACACCAACGCGACAGAUACGGAUCUGUUGAAGAAGACAAUGGCCUCAGUCCAGGAUAUGAUCGUCCAGCGCAACUUGAACGCCUUGAUACUCUGA